GUAGACUAUUCUGAAAUUAAAUACUGUAGCCUCAUGCGAGACCUGAUUUCAGGGAUGAUGGAAAAGAACCCAUCUCAGAGGCCCAAAAUAGGGGAUGUAUUAACUUUCGUAGAGCAACAUGAUCUGACCACUCACACAAACAAAACACAAGUCAAAGACGGCCGGAGAAAAGAACAUCAGUUUGCCAAGACUUGUCCAGACAGGAUAUCAAGCUACCCUAUACAACCGCAUGAAACAAGUGGUUAUGACACACACGAAGAAAACAGAAAAGACGAGGUUUUAAAAGUCCGAGUACCAGGUAUAAAAAUGACGAAGGAGGAAGAAGAUUGGUAUUUAAAGGCAGACCAAUUGCAAAAAGAUGUUAAAGAAAGAUUGCCAGAUAAAGGCCUCAUGGAAAAGAUUAAUGCUGCUAUAAAUAGAACAAAGCACAUGGAUAACGAGGACCAAUUCCUGGCUGAUAUGGAGAAAUUAUUGGAUUGUUCGACGUACAAGAAAUGCAGACCGGACCUGAAAGCUUUAUGGGCUUAUCAAACGGAAAUUUUGAAAAAAGAGUUUAAAAUUGCCUUUUAAAUAUGAUGAUGUUCCACUUGCUUGUUAUUUCAUAGGUUUUUUA